ACAAAAAAGUUCGAAUAAAAUAAAAAAUUCAUAUAUAAAAAUUCUUUUCGCUUCAGUUUAUUAAUAACGCAACUUAAACAAGAAUUUUCACUCUUUAAAAUGAUUAUGAAAGCUCCUUCAAGCGAUUGGUGUGACCAAUUCGAACAAUAUGUAGUGGAAGACGAAUCUGAUAAUGAUUUAGAUGAUGAACAAGAUUUCUCUGAGUACUUAUGGAUGGAAAACGAAGAAGAGUUCGACAAAAUAGAAUUACAGCGUCUUGAAGAAGAGGAAUUGAUGAAAGAGCGCAUAGACGCCAUGUUGGAAGACGAAUUGGAAACACAACUAUGUGAGUGGCAGAAAGCCAGGAAUGAUAAACUGAAUGCGGCACUCUCUUCAAUUUCAGUUACUAGUAGAAACACACUGGCCGUCAAUUCGUUGCUGAAUCCUUCGGCUGACGAGUUUAUUCCUCGCAGCCGUUUAUUUAUAGAUCUGGGAACAUAGUAAUUCGAUCUAGGUUUUCCUCUGUAUCUUCAGAGAAUGUCCUCUUCAAAACUCUAAAAUGAUUAUAUGACCUGCUUGUUGCCAUUUUCCCAAGUAGUAAUGUCAAUUCUAAUAAAAUCUGGAGUAUAUUUAUACAAACAUUUCAGGACAACAAGCUUCAUAAAAACAAACUUAAAAAAAUUGUUUUCCAGACAUAUUUUUAAAAUUAUCUCAGUUUAACUGUGUAUGUAUGUAUUUUAAGAUUUGUUAACAAAUAAUAAGUGACAAGAGUGUCCAUGUUCAUUGGUCUCUUAUAGGCAAAUGUGGUUACUCUCUGUGUGAUUUCUUUUAAUCCUUUAAUGUGAUAUACGUAUUUAGAAUACAACUGUACUUGAUAAAUAUGUAAGUGUCAUUUCAUAGAGGGACGAUAAUUAGUCAUCUGAGCCUCUACUGUCUGACAAUGGA